AUGGUUUGUAACGAGUUUGAGUUGUGUCGCUCAGUUGAUUGGAUACGUGAAAAAAUGAUAUGCCGACUUAACAACACGAGAUUUGCAAUCCAAAAAGUCAGUAGCCUCAUGACCGGAGGCAGAAUCAUACAUGCUGACAGGGAAAGUUUUCCAAAGCACCUGGCGUCCGAGUGUCCCAAGCAUACCUGUACCGAGGAUGCAAUUUGUCUUCAGGGUAAAUGUGUACCUGUUUUAAAAGAAAAAAUAUACAAAGACUGUUCAGAUAUUGUGAAAAGAGACCCAAGCAAGAAAGGAAAAGACAGUGUGUACGUUAUUUACCCUGACACCCGUAGAGAGGUCUUCUGUGAGAUGACAACAGAUGGGGGAGGGUGGAUUGUCAUUCAGAAACGACAGGAUGGUGACGUAGAUUUCUACAGGACAUGGAUCGACUAUAAACAUGGCUUUGGGAAUGUCUCAAAAAACUUCUGGAUAGGAAAUGAUGCAAUCCACGCCUUGACAAGGGAUAAAAACCAAGAACUCCGAAUAAAUCUCCAGAGUUUUAACGGAGAAAAGGCAUAUGCUGUGUACUCUACAUUUUACAUCGGAGAUGAAAACAAUAAAUAUAGACUGACAGUAUCUGGAUACAGCGGAACAGCGGGUGACAGUUUGGCUUAUCACAAUGGAGUGAAAUUUAGUACCAAGGACCAGGACAAUGACUUGAGUACACGCAACUGUGCUAUGCAAUUUUACGGAGGCUGGUGGUACAAAGACAGCCACUCGACAAACCUGAACGGACUGUAUGCACAGUCUGCCUUGUCUGACUGGAAAUACCCGAUAUGGAAUCACUGGAAAAGAUUGGAAGCAUUGAAACAGACUAAGAUAAUGAUCAGACGAAAAGACUAG